AUCAAAAUGUUUUCAUUCGUUUGUUGAAUAUCGAACACAACGGUUCCAUAUUCUUUGCUCAGCUCCGCUAAGCUAAGGGAAAUCAAAAUCAAAGAAAAUAUUAAACAAAACUGUAUUAAAAAAUAUAGAAAAGAAAAACAUAGAAUUUAUUGCAAAUUCCAAAGCAAAAAAGUGACUAAAGAAAUAAUUACAAAAUACAAAAACAAGUACUUUUCAGAAAAAGUGCAAGUGCAAAGUGAGUUUUGCAAGUAAAGAAAAUUGAGAAAAGUGCAUACAAAAUUUUCCACAAAUAAAGUGGUUGGUUAAAGCAUUACCAAAAAACGAAAACAGUGAAUUUUAAAGCAUUUUAUUUGGAUUACUGAACCAUCAGCAUUUGGAUAUAGCUCUAUUAAUAAGCACAACAAUUUUUGGUGGAGAACAAAUACACAAACAAAAUGGAUAUCGCAUUAUUGCCUUCACCGCCAGCAACACCGCCGCUCUGCGAAAAACAAAUUGAAGCUGAUGAAAAACCAUCAGCCCAGGAUUUGCGUGAGGAGAUGCUCAAGGCGAAGCUGCAGUUACAACUCGGCCAACAACAACAAAAGAAACAACAGCAAAUAAUCACACCAAAUCCAUCGGACACAGAAGACGAUGCUGAAACGCCGCCUUGCAAGAAACAGCGCCUAGAGUUGCCACAGCCUAUUGCCGCACUCACACCACCACCAGAAACACAGAAGCACGUGCAACCUCCAGAGCAACAACAAUCACAGCGCGUUAGUGUUAUCAUGCAUGUGAACAGCUCUGGCAUUUGCUCCGCCAUUGACGAUAGUUCGUGCUCAUCGACCAUUUCCAGCGCUUCAACAGUGUCCACCACAACCACCACCAGCGGCAUUUCCGCCUCACCGGCACCACUGCUAACGUCCGAUGAUGAUUGUAGUCAAACAAAUGUGUGGCGUAGCUUGAAAUUCAAAAUGAAUCGCACGCAUGCGCGUAGCGGCAAUUUUUCUGCGCCAACUUCCAUGCAUCAGCAGCAGCAACAGCAAGAGCAACCAGAAACAGAGUUAAAAUCUCAACAGCAUUUGGAUCAACCACAAUUCCGCUUCACUUUGCCAGCUGUUACAACAACAGCCACGUCAACUCAGCAGCAGCAGCUGCAACAGCAACAGCAAUUAUUCAACACCUCACCGUCACAGUAUCAAGUAAUUGCACCAAAAAGUAUUUACGUUACACCCGCAGUGGCAGCGAUCUCCGGCUCGACAAAUGUCAACGCCGCAGAUGCCACCACAGUAAUUCCAGCUCAAUUGUUAGUGUUAAAUGCCAGCAGCAAUCUAUUACAGAACGUCACAGGCCAUUCAGCCAACAGCGCAAGCUCUACACCCGCCUCAUCAUCCACACACAAAAUGACCGCCGCGCAAAUUGCCGCCGAACGACGACGCAUCUAUGUCUGCGAAUAUCCAAACUGUGGCAAAAAUUACUUCAAAUCCAGCCACUUGAAGGCACAUCAGCGCGUGCACACCGGCGAACGGCCGUUCAUCUGCAAGUGGGAAAAUUGCGAUAAGCGCUUUUCGCGCUCCGACGAAUUGUCGCGUCAUAAGCGCACACACACCGGCGAGAAAAAGUUCGUGUGCAGCGUGUGCCAGAAGAAGUUUAUGCGCAGCGAUCACUUAUCGAAGCACGUCAAGCGUCAUGGCAAGGACAAGGCGAAUGGUGUGAAUCGUAAUGUGGCAGCGGCAACCAUGGCCGCAGCAGUAGCGUCAGCAGCCGUGGCAGCAGCUGCAAGCGGACCACAGCAAUCAGUUGCUAACAGUGUUGCAGCCAACAACAACAAUAUAACACAUUUACGUGCCAUUGCGCCAGCGAGUAGCGCGCCAGUGACGGCGAAGCACGUGCCAGUUGCCGCAACAGCAACACCCGCUGGACUACAACUGCAAAUCUGCAAUGCAGGCGACUUGUUGCGUUUACAGCAAGUCGGCGCAUUGCCAGCGACAUUCGCCACACUCAUUGCCGAUCAACAGCAAUUGCAGGCACAGCAGCAGCGCUAAAGCGGCAAAAAAGCAGCAAAAAGAAGAAGAAGAAAACCCUCUAGUGCAAAUAGCCGAAAAUUGGGAAUUUACAGAUAUGCGUCCAUCAUUCCAAGAACAAGCAAAGAAAAAAUAUUGAAAAAAUACAGUAAUUUUUCAGUCAACUGAAAAGAUAAUACGUGGAUUAGCGUUUAAGCAUCUCUUCUUACAAACACACCUGCAAAAUUUGUAAACGCAUCAUACCCCUUGUGUUUCUUCGCUCUCCAUUUAGAAAUUUUAAAUUAUAUUUUAGAUUUUCAUGCACUUAAAAUAAUUUAUAUACUUAGAAUUUCAAUUAUCAUCUACCAUUACUUUUUAUUUAUGAAGAGUAGAAAUUAUGUAUAAAGGAGAAGUGAAGAAUUCCUUAGAAGCAUUGAACCAUUAGAUGUAUACAUUUAGGCGUAUGUUAUUAGCAGCUAGUGUAUUAAAUCUCAUAGCGACUUUAGCUGUCAACCAACAAAAUACGCACGUGUGCGUGUAUUUUCACUUUCUCAAAAUCUGCUAAAUUUCCCUAUCUUUUCAAAUACUGUAUUUAUUACUGUCUGUAAUUCCGUUUUAGUUAUAAUUAGCGGCAUAGUAAUGUGUAUGUUUAUUAUUCUCUAAUUAUCUAAUUAUCAUUUAAGAGUUAAGUUUAUAUUUGUUUGUUAAUUUUUACUGCUAGCCAAUAAUUUUUAAAAAUCCUCUACAACAAAUAUGUAAAAAUAGUAAAAAUUAAAAUCUGUGAUAUUUAAGUUUUCUUAAACUGAUAACAUAUGUAUGAAUAUGUAUAUGUAACUAAGAACUACAGCUAAUUUAUUAUAUUAUAAAUGUACAUAAAUUUACUUACUAAACUUUCUUACUGGCAUGUAAAUAAAUGCAAUUAUGUAAUUAAGUAUGACAGUUAAAAAUGUGUGAUUUGGAAAAAAUGCAAAGAAAAAUAUUUAAUGCAAAGCCUAAAGAACAAAGCAAAAAAAAAAACAAUACAAAAAAAAACGAAGAUAUGUAAUUGAAGGCAUUAAAAAAGAAGAAGACAAACUUAUGCAUUAAAAACUCAACUUAAAUACAAAAUAAACACAAUUUCCCAAGUGUCUAUUAAAAUAUAA